AUGCUUGAUCCCUGGGGAAACACAAAUAAAGAUCAAGAGGAAGAUUUUACAAAAUCGAUUAAAUUUAAUAAAAUAUUACCCCCCACUCCUGCUGCAUCUGACGAUGAUAGAAUGGAGGAUAACUUCAAUCAGUUCUCAGAGAUGCUCAGUACUCCUAACCCUUCUCCUACCAUCGCAGAAGACUCGAUACUUCUUGAUGGAUUGGAGGACGAACAAGCAAUUAUAUUGAAUAAGUCGAUGUCUGAGGAGGAGAAAAAAGCCAAAAUUAAUAGUAUCUUUUCAUCGGCCGUCAGCAACGGUAAUGAAGAAAGAGUAUCGAAAAUGUUAGAGAAUGCAAGGGAUUAUAUUGAUAUUGAUGCUCAGGACGAGGAUGGUACUACUCCCUUGAUAUAUGCUGCAUGUUUUGGCCACGGAAAUAUCGCAUUUAUUCUCUUAGAAGCUGGUGCAAAAGUUGAUGCUCAAGAUCGAAACGGUUGGACUCCAUUAAUGUGGGCUACAAACAACAAUCAUAGCAAUACUAUCCAGCUACUUUUACAUCAUGGUGCAGAUGCUGGCGCCAAAUCGGCUAAAGGACACACUGUAUUUAACUUUGUUCCACCAGAGAAUGUUAAACUUGCCGAGAUAUUUAUCCAUAAUCCAAAGAGAGACAGCUGGUCCAGUAAUGGAAGCAUGGGCCGAUGGUCACUUAAAUUGGAAGAUGAAAAUGGAUGGUAUAUGGUGGGUGAUGCUGAAAAUCGAUUAGAAGAAGCUUUGGCUGACGCUGAAAUGAAAAAAAGAAUGAUUAUGGAAAGUUCUUUGAAUCUAGAGAUAGAUCUAGAAAGCCUGGGAAUUGAUGAUCCAGAGAAUACAGAAGAGGAAGCACCAGCCGAAUUCGUAUGGGAACACUGUCUCCCUGAUCAAAUGUUUGUCUUCUCAUCCGAAGAUAUUACGCAUAUUCUACGCACAGUUAUCAUAGAUAUGCAGCCAAUUAGGUCAAAGGCACAAAAACCUGUACCCGCAAAUGUUUUAUUCUUGAGUGCUCGAUUUGCACACUAUUUUAGUAGUCCUGAAUUAUUGGAAGAAUUACUCUAUGGAAUUAUUGACACUAUUGAUAUGGUUGUCCGGUCAAAGCCGGAUGAUAUGACUUUGCAAUCUUUUUGGAUCUCCAAUUGCACACUUUUAUACUAUUAUCUAAAAAAAGAUCCUGGACUUGCGGAAGCCACAGUAGAAUAUCAAAUUCGCUUUGCAGAAUUGAUUCAUGAGAUAUUUGUAUUGUUGGUGCGUGAUGCCGAAAGGCGAUUUGAUAGAAUAUUGGAAGCAUCAAUGUUGGAUUUUGAAACUAUUCCAUUGGAUGACGUACGAUUUGAAGGUGAAUGGAGAGUCUUUAGAAGUUUAACGAGAAGGUCUCACAGUCCUUCAACAAAUACAAGCUAUGCCGUAAAACCAACGCACUUACGACGAAGUGCUUCAACGUCUGGAGUACCACAAUCAAUUCGACCCACUCCCCCAUCUCCAAGACAAAGAAGUCAACCAGCACCACGAAAUGUCACUUCACUACUGUCUUCUACACUCUUCAUCUUACAAACAUAUGAACUACAUCCCAGUAUCGUGGAACAAGUAAUCUCUCAGCUUUAUUAUUAUAUAUCAAGCGAGCUAUUCAAUCGAAUUCUUGCGAAGAAGAAGUAUAUGUGUCGUUCUAAAGCUAUGCAAAUCAGACUUAAUGUUUCCAUCCUUGAAGAGUGGGUACGCGAUAACAAUCUUUCACAAAACACAACAGCACAUUUCCAACCAUUGGUUCAACUCUUGCAAUUACUUCAAUGUUGGUCGCAGAUGGCCGAUUUCACGAUGAUGGUACAAACAACUAAAGAACUACAUUUAAUCAAUCCUGCUCAGUUGAAGCGCGUUAUGAAGAAUUAUCGAUAUGAAGUGAAAGAAGCUCGAUUACCCGAAGAAUGUCAACAAUAUAUUCAGCAAUUGGAAGAGGAUCAUGAGCGACGGAGAAAACGUAAUUCCACGGAAAGCAUUCGAAGUGUACGCAGUGAGUCGAGUCUCUAUUUAGUUGGUAAUGUAAGCCCAACUAACGCUAAUGGAGGUUCGGGAUGGGAAGAAGAGGAAGAUUUAAUGGAGACGAAGGAUAGUAAGAUGUUACUUCCAUUUGCCAUUCCGACAAGCACCGAAAUGUUGGCUAACUACGGUGGAAAGGAAAAAGAAGCAGAAUUUGUGCCAGUCGUGCCUGAUGAAUGGAUGGAAAAAUUGGAUGUGGGAAUGCGACAUGGAACUAGCAGUGUCCUGACCGAAGAUCAUUAG